CGAACGGAAUUCUGUGCUCUCUGAUUGCGAAUUUGUAAUCCUAAAAGUUGGAAAUUACCUUAACAUAUUACUUUCAUUAGCCUAACAUGACACGCCACGCCAGGAAUUGCACUGCCGGAGCCGUUUACACGUACCACGAGAAGAAAAAGGAUGCUGCCAAUUCCGGCUUCGGCACGACUUCGCGUCGGAUCGGCAAGGAUUCGGUGAAAAGUUUCGAUUGUUGUUCGCUAACCCUACAACCGUGCCGGACUCCGGUUAUCACCAAAGAAGGAUAUCUGUUUGAUAAGGAGGCGAUACUGACGUACAUCAUAUCGAAGAAGAACGAAUACAGUCGGAAAAUGAAAGAGUACGAGAAGCAGUCCAAGGCCGACGAAGAAGAUCGUGCGGCCCAGGCGGAUGCGGAGGUGCAGAAGAAACUGGACAAGUUCAUUUCCACCGAAAAGAACAUCGUGACUAAUAAGACGCCGAAACCGAACGACCAACCAAGUACCAGUGGAGCGAUCUCCAACGUGUCUCUCGGCAAGCGCAAAGAACUGCCUAGCUUCUGGGUACCAUCGCAGACGCCGUCCGCUAAAGUAGCCCGGCUAGAGAAGCCGGACAGUAAAAUCUAUUGUCCGGUUUCUGGUAAACCGUUGAAGGCGAAGGAUCUGAUCGAUGUGAAGUUUACCCUGGUGAAGGACCCGUCCGACAAGAAGUCGUUGAUUGCGAAGGAGAACCGCUACAUGUGUGCAGUGACACACGAUAUCCUGAACAAUGCGGUGCCGUGUGCCGUACUGAAGCCAACCGGAGACGUCGUGACGAUCGAGUGCAUUGAAAAGAUUAUCAAGAAGGACAUGAUCCACCCGUUGACGAAUGAACAACUCGAGGAUUCCGACAUAAUUCCAUUGCAAAGGGGUGGGACCGGUUUCGCAACGACCAACGAAAAACUGGAAGCUAAGGAGCAGAAGCCGUGUCUGCAAGUAUAAUCUACUCGAUUUGCGAUACAUUUAAAAUAAACUUACCUGUUAC